AUGAACGUGGAGCUCGGAAGAAACAGACUGCGCGGCAUCCUGCACCUGCCCAGCCCAACGGCCGCUGCCAGAUUCGCAAGCGGAGUGCUGAUGGUUGCCGGCGCCGGCGGCGGGCUGCAGGGUCCGUCCGGCAUCUACACCACGCUCAGCCGCAAGCUGCAGAAGAGCGGCGUGCUCGCGCUACGGCUCGACUACCGCCGGCCCAACCAACUCUCCAUGUGCGUCGAUGACGUCCACGACGCCAUUCGCGAGCUCAACACCCAGUACGGCGUCGAGCGAGUCGUCCUCGUUGGCUGGUCUUUUGGCGGUGCGGUGGUAAUCACUGCCGGCGCGCAGAGCGACAAGGUGAUCGGCGUGAGCACGGUGGCGUCGCAGACCUACGGCACGGACGCGGUGGGCGACCUCGCGCCGCGCUCACUGCUGCUGCUGCACGGGACCGCGGACACCUGCCUCAGCGCCAACUGCUCGAAACAGCUCUACCGGCGGGCCAAGGAGCCCCGGAAAAUCAUCCUGUUCGAGGGCGACGACCACAGCCUCUCGCGCCACUACGACAAGGCCGAGAGCGCGAUCUACGACUUCUCCAUCAGCCUGUUCAACUCGUGGGGCCGCGAAGGCGAGCAGCAGCAGCAAGAGGAAGCAGCUUCCGCGACCACUUCAUCAUCAAGCGGCAGCACCGAGAAGAAGCGAAAGCACUCGCUCGGGGGAGGUAAUGCGGGCAUCAUCUAA